AUGGGCCUGCAGGUAGCGCCUCAUAAAACCGAGGCGCUAUUCAUGCACAGGGGGGAGCAUGGGGCUCCCCCCACUGACGCCCAUGUCGCGGUGGGUGACAUCUCCGUCCGGGUGGGAGACAGGUUGAAGUACCUUGGUCUCUACCUGGACGCGGCCUGGAGCUUUGGCGGGCACUUUGAGCUUCUGGCCCCCAGGGCAGAGUCGGUGGCACUUAGCCUUGGCCGACUCUUGCCCAAUCUUGGGGGUCCGGAUGGCCGGGUGCGCCGCCUAUAUGCGAACACCGUCCGUGCGGUGGCCCUUUACGGGUCACCGGUGUGGGCGGACGCCCUGAUGGCCAAUAAGCGGGGCAGUAUGUUGCUGCACCGCGUUUUUAGGAGGGUGGCCAUCAGGGUAGUCCGAGGUUAUAGGACGGUGUCGCACACGGCGGCCUCUUUAUUGGCGGGAAUGCCGCCCGUCGAGCUCUACGCGGACAUGUACGCGCACGUGUACGCGCGUACGCGUGAGCUCGGCGGGCUUGGCAUGGUUUUGACCCCACGGGUCAAGGCCGCUGUGAGGCUCCAGGCUAGACGGCGCGCUCUGGAGAG